AUGAGUACGCCUGGUCGAGUCUGUGCUCGCUGCGCACGCAUUAAACAACGAUGCGACGGCAGUCAGCCGUGCUCACGGUGUAAACGUCUCGGUCAUAUCUGCAAACCACGAAGUCCCACGGAGCAAGAACCCGGACUAGCAGCAGCAUCGCGACGGCCCCGUGCAUCGCGGUCCCGCGGCGGCUGUUUGUCCUGCAAGGCGAGGAAGAAGAAGUGCGAUGAACUAAGACCGCGAUGUAGUGAUUGUCGACGGCUGAACCUUCCUUGUCAGUGGGCACCCAGUAUUGAGACGACGAAUGACCCGAGCGACUCUUCUUCACCAGAGUCCCAUGCGACCGAGUCACCCAUUACAGACUUGAUUCCACUAUCCGACGGUGAUCGGAUCAUCAAUACCUAUAUUACCCCCGAAGAUGACGAAGAAUUUAUCGCCACGCUCUUUCCACAUCCUUUCCGCGAGCAACAAACGAUUGCGCCCCCUAUCGACCGUCCCCUGCUAUCAGCAAACCCAUAUUUGAGCAGUGAAGAGGACCGAUCGCUGUUCAAUCACUAUAUCCACGUCGUAUCCCGCGCGCUCUCCCGAUCCCAUGAUAACGAUCGGAACCCAUUCCUGGUCACACUGUUACCAUUGGCAGCUGCAUCGGAUGCGGUCACUAGUGUCAUCCUUAGCUUGAGUGGAUGCCACUGGAGGAGAGUCUAUCCCAGCAUCUGGGGAUGCGCCUUGAAGCGUCAAGGCAAAGCACUGACGCAGGUGAAUCGGUUACUCGGUCAACCAGAUCGUCAUUCUAUUUUCGAAGCAUGCGCGACCGUAUUGCUGUUAUGUCUAACAGAGCUCUUUGAUGGCACAUCUAGAGUAUGGAAAUGGCAUUUGAAGGCCGCGAGUGCAAUUCUCAAAUCGCCAGCUUUUCGAUCGCUCGUUUCAACGGAUGAAAUGAAUUUUUGCAUCAGUCUAUUCCAUUAUCUCGACUCGAUGUCAACAAUAUCUCGCUGCAAACCCCCACUUCUCCAUGACAGUGACAGCAUGACCGAAUUGACAACCUCAUUCCGCCGAGAUAGCCUCCCCAUACAAGAGCGCACCCAAUCCACUGACGCUAUCUACGGAAUAUCACCAGCCCUCUUCGACAUCCUAGGGAUGGUCAACAUUCUGGCCAAUCACCGUAGCAAGCGUGUCGAUGAGCUAUCCGAAAUUGGCUUCCGAGCUGCUGCGACACAAGUGGAAAGUCGGAUCGACGAGUGGCGCGCGGAUCACGAUCGGAACGCGGAGCAGGAACUUGAUACGGAGCGCGCUACCACUGCGUUUGAGUGGGCCAUUCGCUUGAGAUUGCAUCAAGUUGUCGAGGGCUACGACCCACUUCACGAAUUUGUGGAGCGGGCCGUUUCGACGAUAUUGGAUGCAGUACAGCUAGUUCCAUAUGCUAGCAGCGUCGAGGGCUGCCUUCUAUUCCCUCUUGUUAUCUCUGGUUCUAGCAGCAUCAGCAUUGAGAGACGCAUGAUAGUCAAAGAACGUCUCAUGGUAAUGGAGAAUACUCUUGGGUUCAGUCAUAUCCAGCAUGCCCGACAACUUUUAGAAACUGUGUGGGGUGGCACACCUAGUGCAUCUGAUAUGAACUGGGCUGCUAUUAGGUAUAGCCAGUUUCCAGGCGUUGUUUUCAUCUAG